AUGGCCCAGAGCCUCCAGGACGACGUGAGCUGCCCCAUCUGCUUGGAUUAUUUCCACAACCCCGUGUCCAUAGGGUGUGGGCACAAUUUCUGCCAAACGUGCAUCGUCGGCGUGUCCCCUUUGCCCUUCCGCUGCCCCGAGUGCAGGAAGAUCUCCCAGAACGGAAUUCUCCGGCCAAACAGACGUCUGGCCAAGCUGGCAGUGAUCGUCAAACAGCACGGUGCCCUUCUGAAGGAGAGCCUGAACACCAAGAUCUGGGUUCAGAGAUUCAGAGAAAAUGUAACUCUGGACGCAGCCACGCCGCACCCCUUCCCCGGGACGGAGGACGAGAAAAGCGUGAGCUGCGGAGACCCCCGGCAGGAUCACCCCCACAACCAGAAGGCCUGGUUGGUGGGUUCCCACUGCUUCAGCUCCGGCCGACAUUACUGGGAGGUGGAGGUGGAGGAUCAAACAGAGUGGGACGUCGGAGUGUGUGAGGAGUCUGCCGAAAAGAAGGGGCAGCCCACCCUGUGCCCAGAGAACGGAUACUGGGCUGUGAGCUUGAGGAAUGGGCACCAUUUCCACGCUGGCACGUCUCCCAGGACCCGCCUCCCGUGGGAAAAUCCUCUCCAGGGGGUGGGAAUUUUCCUGGACGUGGAGGCUGGAGUGGUCUCGUUUUUAAAUGCCGUUGAUGGGUCCGACCUGUACAGUUUCGCAGACAUCUUUUUCUCCGCACCUCUCCUACCCUUCUUCUGCCCCGAGCAGCAUUUGGUUCUUCAGCCCACAGAAGAAGAAGAGCAGGGACAGAUGGAGGUGACUUUUGAGGACGUGGCCAUCUUCCUGACCCAGUGGGAAUGGGAGAGCCUGGCAGAUGCUCAGAGGGAUCUCUAUAGGACCGUCAUGUUGGAGAACUACAGACAUCUACGUUCAGUGGGAGCCGGGUGGCCGAAGCCUCCAUGUACCCGCCAACUGGAGAAGGGGAAAGAUCCAAUAGAUCCAAUAUAG